AGUUACCCUCGACAAAAAAAUAGACUCCGCCUAUUUUCGUUUGGUGUAGCCAGUUUCAGUAUAAACAUCAAACUUGUUCUGGGGCUAUCUCGUCCUGGUUCGAUUCGUAAUUGGGAGUUUAAUGAGCACAAAUUUUAUACUUUUACCAAGUAGCAGCUAACAGCGAAAACAAGCUUGAGGCUCACGUGAUUUGACUGAUAUGGUGUGUGACAGCAAUCUUAUAACUUCGCUUCCGAAGUGGAGUUUGAUCAGUCCCGGAUAGAUGUUGCGCUUUGUUUGCAAAGUGUCAGAGCCGAGAGAAGCAAAUUAAAAGGGUAUCAUUUACUCGUUCACCAUCGCAACGGAAAUUAAAAGCAGCCAUAUAAUUAGCCAGGUUUUGAACGCUUUUAUGUUAAUCGAACGGUCGAUGCUCACACCAAAGUACAAAAAAAUGAGCCAUACUUAGCAGCCUUUGAAUUGUACCCAUUUUCGUGUUGUGCCCGCGCCAUUCUAAGUAUGUUCAAUAAACUUGGGAGCUGUCUUUUCUUUCUUCUGCUGGUGGCUGUGGUUUUGUAUGGAACAAAGUUUGCAGUUUACGAUAAAGAAACAAGGAUUGACGUGGCUCCUGUACAUGUGGUGAACUGCAAGGUCAUAAGAAUCUUGUGUUUUGGCGAUUCUUUAACUUCGGGUUUUAGCACUACCACAAUGGAACUUCAUCCUUAUUCCAAAAGACUUCAAGAAUGCUUUGAUUCUAACAAUCGGACAAUGCUCGGCGCAUCGUUGCCGCGACCCAUUUUUGAAAUUCACAAUGCAGGGAUGCCAGGUGAAAGGGCCAAGGAUCAAAUGUUUCCACGACUAAAUCAAAUCCUACAAAGAGCGAUAGUGAAAUACAGCUGGGUCAUCAUUCUUGCAGGAACAAACGACAUGAGAAAUUCCAGAAAAGACUCUUCCCUCUCAGGUUCCAGAGCAAUAUUUUCCGCGUUAGUAAAACUUCACAAUAUUUCACAUACAUUUGGAGCGAAAACCGUAGCGGUGUCAAUUCCAGAUAGAGAAUGCGAGAGAUCGGGCACAUGUCCUAAUUUAAAGGAAACACACAAGAAAAUUAACGCACUUCUUCGUGAUUUCACUUCUCGCAACAAGGAAAAGGUGAUUCUUGCAGAUUUAGCGAGCGAGAUAUUCCUUCCUCGCGAUAAGAGACUGUGGAGUGACUCACUUCAUUUUACAAAGGAGGGCUACACAAAGAUGGCGAAUAUUAUUUACAGCUCUAUGAAAGACCAAGUUUGAGAAAUUCACUGGCUACUUUUCUGAAAAGGGAUGAAACAUCAUUUUUUAUUUCUAAACCGGAUUAGUGACUGCCAGUUCAGUCAUUAGAGUUUUUGGGUAUAGCCGGCUCGGUUUCAGAGGAUUCGUAACAAAACAAAACAAACAACGGUCCACAUUUCUCUUGCCAAACUUAUUUUGGUAACUUGGUCGGACCAGUUUGGCCAACUGCAAGUUCGUAUCUUUAUCAAAUCACAGCCUUCGACAACUCAGAAAUAAUUGCUUAAUUUUGAGAUUUUCUCAACCUCAGCUACGUUGCUGUGCAACUCGAGGAAUUAAAUGA